AUGUGGCCAGAAAACGUAGGAAUAAAAGCAAUAGAACUGUACUUCCCAGCGCAGUAUGUAGACCAAGUCGACCUGGAAAAGUACGACGGAGCGUCAGCAGGCAAAUACACAAUAGGACUAGGCCAAUCGAAGAUGGGUUUCUGCAACGACCGUGAAGACAUAAACUCUCUGUGCUUGACAGUGACUCACCGACUGUUAGACCGUAACAACAUAAAACCCAGCGAGAUCGGGCACCUGGAGGUGGGCACUGAGACAAUACUCGACAAGAGUAAGUCAGUAAAAUCAGUGCUGAUGCAGCUGUUCGAGCCCUACGGCGCGACGGACAUCGAGGGGGUUGACACAACCAACGCCUGCUACGGAGGAACUGCGGCGGUUUUCAACGCGAUUUCCUGGGUGGAAAGCAGCAGCUGGGACGGAAGACUUGCCCUGGUAGUAGCCGCAGACAACGCAGUCUACGCGACUGGCAGUGCCAGACCAACUGGCGGAGCCGGGGCGAUCGCAAUGAUAAUCGGGCCCAAUGCGCCACUGGUGUUCGACCGCGGACUCCGCGCUUCCUACAUGAAGCACGCCUACGACUUCUACAAGCCCGACUUAAGAUCUGAGUACCCAGUCGUCGACGGGAAAUUGUCCAUUCAAUGUUACCUCAGCGCUCUCGACAACUGUUACAAAAAAUACUGCGAGAAAGUUGAUAAAUCUUCUUCUUCAGCUUCAACUUCUAAAAAUGUCACGCUUAAAUAUUUCGACGCUGUAAUUUUUCACUCGCCUUACUGCAAGCUUGUGCAAAAAUCAUUCGCCAGGCUUGCUUUUAUUGAUUUUUUAAAGGAAAAAAAUUCACCUGAAACUCCAGAGCUAGAAAAAUUUAAAAAUCUUAAGCUAGAGGAUACUUACUUUGAUAGAGAUGUUGAGAAAGCUUUCAUGAAGACCAGCAACGAAGACUUUAAAGAUAAGACAGAGCCCAGUUUGUUCAUCGCGAACUUGGUCGGGAAUAUGUACACGCCGUCUGUUUACUCAGGACUCGUCAGCUUGUUGAUCAACAAGCCCAUUGAGCAGCUCCUGGGAAAAAGAAUUGGAGUCUUCUCCUACGGAUCUGGCUUGGCUUCUAGUAUGUACUCGCUGACUUUUGGUAAUGAUAAGGCAGCUGAGGAACAGCUCAGGAAGAUCUGCAAUAAUUUGGACUACAUUAAAGUCCAGCUGGAUGCCAGGAAAUUAAUUACUCCUGAGGAGUACACGGAAAUACUCGCUAUGAGGGAGAAGAAUUGCCACACUGCACCCUACGAAGCUACUGCUAGCAUCGAUCCAAUGUUCCCUGGGACUUAUUACUUGGUUAAAAUUGAUCAAAUGCACAGAAGAAGCUAUCAACGUCUACCACUGAUCCAAUGA